CCUUAUAGAAAGGUUCAGUAGAUGUUGAAGGUUCCUUAUAGAACCAUUCUGCACGAAUCUGACAAACAACCUUUUAGGAACCUCCAUUUUUAUAAAGUAGAAUUCUAUUUUUGCAAUCCUAACAGUAAGAAACUUGCUUAACCUGUUAAACUAGGCGACUGUAGAGGGCGAUGAAUACACACCCCUAAAACUGGAGCGGAAUGAAAGCGUCGGAGGAGGAAAGAGGCAGGACAUUAUAGAUGCUUUCUACGCAUUUACACACUGACACACUUCAGAAACCACGUUUCCGUGAGUCACAGCGGACCGCGAGGUACCGCCGUAGAACAACCGAGCCCUGUCUCUGUGAGCUACGGUGCUCUACAAAGCCUCGUUUUCACCAUCGACACAGCUAAACGAAGCGUCUCGCUUUGUUACACGAGGAAGAAAUGUCAGGGUUGAAGAAACGGAGUUCAAAUGGAUCCGCGGACCGGGAUGAAGACGACAAGCAGGUCACGGAGAAGAUGCUGUCCGACGUGGGUGGAAACGGCAACAUGAGCCGACCCGGGGACGCAGACAUCAGCACUGCGGAAGGAGAAGGGACAGUCGAGCUCAAAAGAACUAUAACGCUCCUGAACGGCGUGGCCAUCAUUGUAGGCACCAUCAUCGGCUCCGGCAUCUUCGUGUCUCCCACCGGUGUGGUGAAAGAAGCCGGUUCUGUUGGGCUGUCGCUGGUUGUGUGGACCGUAUGCGGCGUCUUCUCCACUGUGGGCGCGCUGUGUUACGCUGAACUGGGGACCACCAUCACCAAGUCCGGCGGUGACUACGCCUACAUCCUUGAAGUGUACGGUUCCCUACCUGCGUUCCUGAAACUUUGGAUCGAACUUCUCAUCAUCAGACCGUCCUCGCAGUAUAUCGUUGCUUAUGUUUUCGCUACCUACCUGCUCAAACCCAUCUUCCCAGUCUGUCCGGUCCCCGAAACCGGAGCUAAACUGGUCGCCUGCCUCUGCAUCCUGUUGUUGACGGCUGUUAACUGCUACAGUGUGAAGGCCGCCACAAGGGUCCAAGAUGCGUUUGCCGCUGCUAAGCUUCUUGCCCUGGGCCUCAUCAUCAUUAUUGGCUUCGUGCAGAUUGGCAAAGGUGACACGUUUGAGCUUCUGCCUGCAAAUUCGUUCAAAGGGAGCAAUUCGGACUUCGGCAAUAUCGGAUUGGCUCUUUACAGUGGAUUGUUUGCCUAUGGAGGAUGGAAUUAUUUGAAUUUUGUCACAGAGGAGAUGAUUGAGCCAUACAGAAAUCUGCCUCUGGCCAUUAUCAUCUCCCUUCCUAUCGUCACUGUCGUCUAUGUGUUGACCAACUUGGCCUACUUCACCACCUUGAGUCCUCAAGAAAUGAUCGAUUCUGAGGCUGUCGCUGUGGACUUUGGCAACUACCACCUGGGUCCGAUGGCUUGGAUAAUCCCUGUGUUUGUAGGGUUGUCAUGCUUCGGUUCUGUAAAUGGGUCACUGUUUACCUCAUCCAGGCUGUUUUUCGUGGGCUCCAGAGAAGGUCAUCUUCCCAGUUUACUGUCGAUGAUCCACCCUGACCUGCUGACCCCUCUUCCUUCUCUGAUAUUUACUUGCAUCAUGACUCUCAUGUACGCCUUCUCCAAUGACAUCUUUUCCGUCAUCAAUUUCUUCAGCUUCUUCAAUUGGCUCUGCAUCGCCAUGGCGAUUCUCGGCAUGAUGUGGCUCCGCUAUAAAAAACCCGAGCUGGAGCGACCAAUUAAGGUGAAUAUUCUGCUUCCCAUUACUUUUGUGUUGGCCUGCAUGUUCCUCAUUGUGGUGUCCAUCUGGAAAACACCUUCUGAGUGUGCCAUCGGUUUCGGCAUCAUCGCCACCGGGGUUCCAGUGUAUUUCUUCGGCGUUUGGUGGAAGACCAAACCCAAGUGGCUGUUGCAGUUAAUCUUCUCUGCCACGGCCAUGUGUCAGAAAGUAAUGGAGGUUGUACCUCAGGAGUCCUGAAGAACACGCAAAUUUCCCCACGCCGCCCAAACUCCAAGUCUCUUCACACCCGUCUCGCUGUAUUUCUCCUUGUGUGAGACAAAAAAAAGUCUUAACCUGCUGACAUGGGCAAAAUCUACGUUGAGUACCUCAAACCAGGCCCCCGGAGCUAAACAGUUACAGGAGCAUUUCAAUUUGAAUGUAGAUUUAAUCUACCCCAAGUGUUUCAUACUGUAUGCAUCGUGUAUUAUUUUCAGUUAAUUUUGUAUAUUUUUAGUCUUUUUAUGUCGUAUCUCAAGUUGUACGCACUUGAUCAUCUUGUGAGCCACACUUUCACAGCUGUGUAUUGAAGGGUUGGUAGCUUCCUGAAUUGUGCUUUAAACUUUAGUUUCAGAAUGAGAUGAAACUCACCGCUUUGGAAACACCUGCGACUUUCUGUUUUAGCAGCUGGAACGGAGAUCCCUCUUGACCAAAAUUUUCCUUUUUUUUCAGUAAUUUCGCUACAUUUUUCCGUUAUUCUACAGCAGAUUCGAUCGGAUUGCUGUGCCUUGUCAGUCAGUUUGCAUAAAACUGUAUUCUUGUUGAUAUGAUUUUAUACUUCAACAGAUUUAUUUUUGAUAGGUUAAAGCAAUGACAUUUUGUACGCUGUUACUGAGAAUUUCGACAAAUCUUUAUUUUUUUGUCAUUGUCGUCCAAUCGGAUUAUUUAUGAUUACUAUUAUUAUGAAAGGUAUAUACAUGCAGUAUUCAUACAUUUAUCAGAAUACAGUCCAACAGUUACUACCUUGUUUUACCUCUUUAACGUACAGUACAUUACACAUUACAACUGUAUAUUUUGAAUGACUUAUUAUUUUACAUGUACAUUAAAUGUACAUUAACACUGGACCCUACAAUAAGAAGUCAAGAGAUAAUAUACUUUUUAUUUCACUUCACUGUAUUUAAACUUCACCAAACACAAUCAGUCGACUGGUUUACACAUUUUUUAAAGUAAAUAUAUGUGUAACUUUACAUGUUCGACUGUAAUAGCUAAAACAGAUGGGCAUUACUGUAAAAACUGUAUGAUUAUAGUAGUGCGCCAGUAAUUUAAAACAAAUCUCAUUGUACUACAAACUGUAUGACCGGCUGCUUACAUCUGUUAAUGGAUUUCAUUUUUUGCACUUUAAGGUAUCAUCAGAAAUUCCCGUACAAGGUUUAACAUUGUAGUGCCUGGUCAGCUUGUAAAUCUGAUAAAUCUGAAGGAUGUUACUGUAAAAUGUGUGCGUGUGCACAAUUGCGUUUCGUUUUUUAAAUAUGGUUGCGCUUGUAAAGGAUGCAGUGAUUUCAGUUUUUCAUUGAAUGUUGGUUAGCUCUUUACUACACUGGACCAAUAUCACACGUGAGAAUGAGAUUCACUGGUAAAUGUUUAUUGGUUGGGAAGUUUAUGAGUUAUGGUUAGUAAGAAGUAUUCUGGGUGUUGGUGAGGAGGUUUUUUAAGAAGAAAACUGGGAAUUUGGGAUGAAGAAAUAAGUUCAUCCUUUUACAGAAAAAGCGUGAAGGGACUCAUGAUUUGAGUUGUUAUACAUUAUUGAUUUUAGUGAGUGUUUAGAUGAUAAUGCUAUCAUUUAGUAAACUACAGCAGUAUGACUAACACUCCAACCAACAAGGUCAUCUUAUCUAAUUUAAAUAGAUAUGUAGAAAUAUUUACUUAUAUGUAUUUAUUUAUUACUUCUAGUGUUACAUUUAUUGAUUUAACAAUUCUUUAGAGCAUUUAUAAAAUGCAUGUUACUGAUAUUUUUUCAUGUUUUUUUGGUGUUUAUUUGUUUUUCAAUUAAAAAAAUGUCUGUAAAUAUGUUUGUAACUGACAGCUUGGCUUACAGUGGCUUUCAUUUAAUAGUUUAAUGACUCCUAGGCUAAUAUGUUAUGUAAGGAAUAAUUGACGACGGGCCAUGUAAUUAUUUGAAAAUAAUGUGUUGCACCACGGGUGUGCAUUUUUUUUUAAAUAUAUAAUUCAGAAGACCAAAGUCAAUUAUUCAUCUUAUACCACGGUUACCACAGACAUUGCUCUGGUGGUUAUUUUAAGACAUUUGACAGGUCAGGUGUGCGGUUAUCGAAAAAUAACGCAUACCUGUCAAACCUUUCUGAACCAAUCAGAAACAUUCAACUGUCCCGUGGUAUAACAACAUAUACAGCAUUUGUUUGUUUCCCACAGAAUGUUUUUGAAUUCAUUUUUUUUUCAACAUUCCAUCUUUCCACAUGCGCAUUCUAGUACUGGAUUGUGACUUGUACACUAAUAAUCAAUCUUUUAACCACAACAUUCCCUGUAAUUACCUGAGGGCAGACUCAGACGGUAAUCACUUCGGUAUGACAGAUAAGACGUUUCUUGUGUAAUCUCCAUGCUCUGUUCAACUGAUCUCUGAUCAGUAAACUUCAUUUGCAGUAAGCUGUGCAUACACUGUUCAAUAAUCUGUCCUGUCUUUUCUGUCAUUUAGGAAUGAAAUCUAUGAAAUGCAAUUUAUAGUUUCUUCUAUAUGUCUACAGCAAAAAUCUUUGAUAUUAUUUUUAGACAUUAAACAUUUUAUGUUAAAGUGAAUGUUUGUGCAUUGAAUAUUUAGAAAAUUAAAACUUGACUACAUUCAACCUUA